AUGCAAACUAGAAAUACCUUUUCUUGGAUAAAGGAAGAGAUUACUCGAUCUAUUUCCGUCUUGCUCAUGAUAUAUAUAAUAACUUGGGCACCCAUUUCAAAUGCAUAUCCCAUUUUUGCACAGCAGGUUUAUGAAAAUCCACGAGAAGCGACCGGCCGUAUUGUAUGUGCUAAUUGCCAUUUAGCCAAUAAGCCCGUGGAUAUCGAGGUUCCACAAGCGGUACUUCCUGAUACUGUAUUUGAAGCAGUUGUUCGAAUUCCUUAUGAUCUUCAACUGAAACAAGUUCUUGCUAAUGGUAAAAAAGGAGCUUUGAACGUAGGGGCUGUUCUUAUUUUACCUGAGGGGUUUGAAUUAGCCCCUCCCGAUCGUAUUUCGCCCGAGAUUAAAGAAAAGAUAGGCAAUCUAUCUUUUCAGAGCUAUCGUCCCACUAAAAAAAAUAUUCUUGUGAUAGGUCCUGUUCCUGGUCAGAAAUAUAGUGAAAUCACCUUUCCUAUUCUUUCUCCGGACCCCGCUACUAAGAAAGAUGUGCACUUCUUAAAAUAUCCCAUAUACGUAGGCGGCAACAGGGGACGGGGUCAGAUUUAUCCCGACGGAAGCAAGAGUAACAAUAAUGUUUAUAAUGCUACAGCGUCGGGUAUAGUAAGCAAAAUCAUACGAAAAGAAAAAGGGGGAUACGAAAUAACCAUAGUGGAUGCAUCGGAUGGACGUCAAGUGGUUGAUAUUAUCCCUCCAGGACCAGAACUUCUUGUUUCAGAGGGAGAAUCCAUCAAACUUGAUCAACCAGUAACGAGCAAUCCUAAUGUGGGUGGAUUUGGUCAGGGGGAUGGGGAAAUAGUACUUCAAGAUCCAUUACGUGUCCAAGGACUUUUGCUCUUCUUGGCAUCUGUUAUUUUGGCACAAAUAUUUUUGGUUCUUAAAAAGAAACAGUUUGAGAAGGUUCAAUUGUCCGAAAUGAAUUUCUAG